AUGGCGGCGCUCGGAUCCAGCGCGGGUGGCCUCCCUCCCCGGCGCUCCGGCACGCGCGAGGGAUUUGUCCCUCUGCACUCCACCGGAGGACCGGCUCGAGCUCGAGCACCGCCGCUGCCCCUGCACCCCGGCGUCGGCGCCUCACCGGUGGAUCUCGCGGCGGCGCCCUCCGCCCAUGCUCUCCCUCCUCCGACGGCGGGGCCGCCUCCCCUCAGUGGUGCUCCUCCCUCCACGGCGGCCGCCUGCGGGGGGACUGCUCGGCCCGGGGCGGGGCAGGCCUUCGCGGCGGCGCCGGGGCGGCCUGCACGGCGGGGGCCGGGCUGCUCGGCUUUGCUUGAGCGGCCUGCUCCCUCCGGCGCGCCUCCUCGCCGGCUCCGGCGGCAGAGCUCACGUGGGCCGCCGUCCGCCUCCUCGUCUUCCUCAACCCGGCGCGAGCUCCUUCCUUCGGCGUCCGCGGCAGCCACGGUGGAGCAGAGCCUCGGCUUCCCAACGUGUGAGAAGUGA